AGGUUAGAGUUUUAUCUUUACUAUUGUUUAUGUUGCUUUUUCCACAUAAUCAUGAAUGGUUUUGUGAUAAAACUUGCUUGAAUUAUACGGUUGCGUUGUUCUUCUUGGUUUUCUGUAAUGUUUUAUGUUUCUUUUAACAAUUUGAGUAGAUAUCUCCUGCACUAAAAUGGGAGAUCAAGAAGGAAAAAUUAAAAAUCAAUAUAUUUCUUGGUCGCCCGAAGAAACCAAAACAUUGUUGCGCUUGUUGGUUGAUGGCGUUAAUCAGAAUUGGACUGAUGCGAGUGGUAAAUUCAAUAAACUUACCGUGGAACAAAGAAUAUUACCGGAGCUAAACAAAAUUUGUCGAUCUAAGAAAACCUUUUCCCAAUACAAAAACAAAACAAAGAUUCUGAAGAAAACACACAAGGGUUUUGUAGAUCUUCUUCGUUUUAGUUCAGGAUUUGGUUGGGAUAAGGACACGAAGAAAUUUACUGCUCCAAAUGAAGUAUGGAAUGAAUACCUCCAGGGACACAUGAAAGAUACGUAUUUACGUGAUGAUACGUUUGAAGAUUUUGAAGACCAGAAGGUCUAUGGAUAAAAUAUUGCAAAAGGAAAUAAUACAGUGGGGUUAGGAGAUACCACAGAUUCUCGUACUUAUAUAGCAAGAGAUAAUGAUGGUGUUGAUGAAAAUGAUGAAUUGAUGAUGAUGCUGAUGCUGAUGGUGAUGACGAUGAUGGUGAAGAACAAGCUUCAUCUUUGAGACGUUCGAAUGCGAUCGAAAAGCUCCCAGUAAAAAAUAAAGCUAGAACUGACGUAUAUAAUUAAUGUGGAGAAAAUUUCAGAUGAAAUAAGUGCUGUCACUGGAACUACCAAUCAGAUUGUCAGUAUGAUUCAACAAAGGUGGCAAAAGGAAGCCGAAGAGAAAGAAGCUGAGGAAAAAGUUAAUAAAGUAUAGGGCGUAAUUAAAGAAAUUCCUGAUUUAGAAGGAAAUGAACGUUUUGAUGCAAUGAAUUUAGUUCAUCGGCUUGGUAUGAAAGCUGGAUUCAUGAGUAUGACUAGGGAGGAACGUUUUAGAUGGAUCAAACGUUCUGUACGUAAUCCAUGAAAUUUGUGGU